AUGUAUCAUGAGCGGCAGUCACGGCAAAUGUGCCUGGUACACGCGCUGAAUGCCUUAUUCCAGAAACAUCAUUUCACCUCGGAGUCCUUAGAUGAGAUUUGUUAUUCUCUCAAUGAUAGUCGAUGGUUCAACCCUCACAGGUCGAUGCUUGGCCUCGGCAACUAUGAUGCAAAUGUGCUGAUGUCAGCGCUAGCUAUGUAUGAUUAUCAAGUAAAUGCACUGAUUGUCAAUAUCCCGACUAAGAACUAUAUUCCUUUUUGGAAAGGACGCCACUGGUACACGAUACUGCGACAGAGCGAUGGCAAGUGA